AGGAGAAAAAAAAAAAAUAUACCAAGAUGAACGAAGAAGAAAGAACGAAAUGAUGAAAGAAACAACAAUGGCCUUUUUGUAAUUCUUUACUUCGCUUCUAAACUACGUUCUUAUUGUUUUCUCAUUGUGCGUAGGAUCCUUCUCUCGAUCAUUGCUGCAACACCCACGUUACUUUCGGAUUUUCUUUUUCACUUUUUUUUGGAUAAUUGAGCGAAGGAGAAACUCUUCUGCAGCAUUAGCAUAUUGGUGAAACGUCAGCGUGAAAUGUGAAGUUUGAGUGUAUAUUUUGGUGCCAACCAAUAAUAUACAACAAAGUAAUGGAUUGUUGAAAACUGCUGAGGACAUGGGAUUUAGUUUAGAGUUCAUAAAGAGAAGCUCAAAACAGCAUAGCAGUUCAAAGACAGAUAAAGAGUGUUCCGUAUUGCGCCAUUCAAAAGGAAGUCUGAAGGAAGCUGAUAAGUUGAAGUCAAAGAGUAGUGUUGGUGCACAGUUUAGUGAUCUCAAACAUAAGACCGUGCUAGAUGCAGGAGGUAGGAUUCAGAACACAGAAACUGUGAGGAGAAGUGCCACUGAGAGAGAUGAACUUGUCAAGCACAUGUCUAACUUACCGGGUUAUCUCCAGCAUGCCAAUAGAGUAGAAAACAUUGAAGAGAAAGCUUUCAAUGUUGGUGUUCUAGAUUGGUCUCGACUUGAGCAGUGGAACCAGAAGCAUAUCCCAGUACUUGCUAGUAACUUAACAUCAUUCAAUAGCAGCGGAUCGUCAUCAAGAACAGCCAUCAAACCAUCAACCAGUGUUUGCAGCAAGGAAAAACUCAAUGACGGGAAAAGUUUGUCUACUUCGGGCAUCAGGCCAUCUUACAGGGAAUCUGCCAGUGCCAAAAUUCCUUUUCAUAAUGUCAAACGAUUUGAAUCUUACAAAAGUGUAAUUAAGAGCACUGGAGACGAGAAGAUAAUGACACCUUGGGUGUUUGAGUCCUCGGGCCAAACUCACUCAGAUAUUUCAAUUGGAAAGGAGAAGAGGAAUGACUAUAAUAAAAGGACUUCACGAGUAAAAAAUUUUGCAUCAAACAUAAGGCUUCAUGGAAUCUCAUCGGUCCCUAAUGAAAAUGCAAAUGAUAGGGUUGACGGAGAUAAGCCAAACAUGGAGGGUUUGCAAGAGCUUAAUCACAAGAAGAAAGAAAGAAAUCAUAAAUCUAGAUCUGAUAUGGGAAUGCCAUCGAUUAAAUCGAAAGGAAAAGGGGUCUCAUCCAGUAGUGAAACCAGUAAAAAAGUAAAUCGGUUGCAGGAAUCAGAUUUUGACUUUGGUCAUAAACACUUUCAUAGCAAACCAAGCAAUACUGUGCUGCUUUGUCCCCAAGAAAUUCCCCAGUCAAGUUCUUCAGAGUACUUUCAGCUUUCUAAAUCUAGAUUGCCAUCGGAUGAAAACUUUUCAGAAUCAACCAAAAGUAGUUUGUCAUAUGUUUCCCUACCUGAGGAGGCUCAUUCUGAAGAUGGAUGUUCCAAAAUCUCACUGCCACGGGCACUACGUUCUGCAGUUGAGAUUUCUUCUCCUUUGGAAACAAUGCAACACAGCAUUAGUACUACUGAUCACGGUAUAGACCGUUCGUCUAUUACUUCUGAGACACAAUCUUCCAUACUGAAUAGGAUGUCUAGUCUGCAAUCAAUAGGUGCUUUCUUUGAAAAGGAUACUUUAGAUGCUAAGUUGAGAGAUCAGUGUGCUUUCAGUAACUUGAAGGAACCACCUGACCAAGAAACUGCUGAACUGGCAGCUCAGAAGGAAAUGAAUCUAUCCCAUAAUCGAAGGUUUAGUUUCAGCCUAAGUCGAAUCGGGAGAAGUUUCAGUUUCAAAGAAGGGCCAACACUUCCACAAUAUAGUUCCAUGCAUGUCAGUGCAAAGUCUGGUCCCGUGACGCCUCAAUCUUCUGCACGUUGGGACAAUCCAAGCAAAGGAAAGGCUAAUAGUCAUAACAGAAAUCGAUCGAGCCCCAUGCGGAGGUUGCUAGACCCUAUAAUGAAAUUCAAGCCUUCAGACAAACUCCAUUCAGCUCAAAGUGGUCAAACACUAGAGGGAAGCGAGAAUUCAGGCUUCAGGACUGUUGGUGUCAGUGAAUCACUGCUUUCUGAAAAAAGCAAAGGUUCAGCAGUUCAAGGCCUCUUGCAGCUUACAAUAAAAAACGGAGUGCCUUUGUUUAAAUUUGUGCUUAACAAUGAAAGAAAGAUUUUUGCUGCUACCAAGAAUAGUUUAACAUCACUGGAUAAGGGCGAUUUAGGUUGCUGUUUUACGUUCUACCUGGUUAAUGAAAUUAAGAAAAAGAGUACCGGGUGGAUCAGUCAUGGAAACAAAGAAAAAAGCUGUGGUUAUGCGUACAAUAUUAUUGCUCAAAUGAAAAGCUCUAAAAUCACAGAAUCAGUCGAUCAGGACCCUAACAAAAACCUUAUGGUUAAAGAAUAUGUUCUAGCGGGUGUAGAAAUUGGCCAUACAGAUCAAGGACAACCGACGUUCAUCAAGAGCGCAGAGCUUGCCGCUGUUGUUAUCACUACCUCAUGUGAAAAUACCAAUAAAGGACUGCAUAAUGAUAAUUACUUGCUGAAGAAAGGAUGCUCAAAGUGCUUGGCAGAUGAAAGAUGCCUGUGCAAUUCAGCAGAAAAUGAUGCCUCUGAUUGCACUACAGUUAUACUUCCAGGUGGUAUACAUGGUUCACCAAACAAAGGUGAACCUACCCCAUUGAUCUACCGAUGGAAAUCCGGGGGAUUAUGUGAUUGUGGCGGUUGGGACAUUGGUUGCAGACUGUUUGUGCUCUCUAACCCGAAGCAGAAUUCAAGUAUUCCAAGGAGCUAUCAACCUUACCAUGAUCGUUUUCAACUUUUUGUUCAGGGAGAAGCUGGGCAAGAUAAACCACUCUUCACUUUGUUGCCACUGAAAGACGGUUUCUACUCAGUUGAAUUCGACACAACAAUUUCUCACUUACAGGCAUUUUUCAUCUCAGUUGCGGUUAUAAACUGCCAGAAACUACCAGGUGUCUUGGAAAUAGAUGACAUGCAUGAGGAAAUCCUUAAGGAACCCUGCUCCAAAAACAACAGGAAACUUCAGAGGGAAGCACAUUUAAAAUAUGCUCCAAUGCCACCAUUAUCCCCUGUUGAUAGAGUUUAA